AUGGCAUCCAAUACAGAGGGACCUAAAGACCACUGGUCAGCCGAAGCAUAUUCCGCGUCCGCAUCCUUCGUGCACUCCGUAAAAAUCACCGCCAAGCUCCUCACUUCUCUGGACCCUAAGCCAACAGACAAGGUCCUUGAUGUCGGCUGCGGCGACGGGAAAUUCACAGCGAACUUCCUUCCCGCCAUAGAAUCCGUCUUGGGCAUUGACGCUUCUGCGUCCAUGAUUCAGUCUGCGAACAAAGACUACGCAAGCGCCAAAGCCAGUUUCCGCGUUGUGGAUUGCCGGUACCUGGAGAAAGAAACCUCCAUUGUGAACGGAUCAUGGGAUAAAGUAAUCUCCAACGCAGCCCUCCACUGGAUCCUACGCGAUGAGUCGACGCGCAUGUCGACACUUCGCGCAAUCCACGGCUGUCUGAAGCCGGGCGGCACGUAUGUGUUUGAGAUGGGUGGACAUGGUAACGUUGCCGAGGUUAAGACAGCCCUUAUCUAUGCACUAGUGCAGCAGGGUAUCCCCAUCGAAAAAGCAAGAGAAACAAGCCCUUGGUUUUUCCCAUCUGAUACUUGGAUGACAAGUGCGCUGGAAGAGAUCGGGUUCAAGGUCGAAAAUGUUGAGCUCGAGUACCGCCAAACAGAACUCACCACUGACGCCAAGGGCGGUUUGGAGGGAUGGGUUAGACUGAUGGGAGCCCAGUUCUUAGAUGUGCUCCCCGAGGAAAAGCGGGAUACUGCAGUGCAGCAGAUUUGCGACGUGCUGCAGGAUGUUGUUACUCGUGUUGAAGAUGGGAGCCAGUGGCUGGGAUAUGUGAGACUGAGAGGUAUUGCGAAGAAGAUUUAA